UGGUUCAAAGGGAGUCGGACAUCAGGAAAUCAGCGGAACAUUUUGUUUCCGACUCGCACAUUUUUCACACAGCAAACCGGAAUAAAGAAGCCGCGGCGGCUCCCUCUCUCUGGACGUUGAGCGUGUCCUGGCUUCAUCUAAAUGGCCCGUUGGAGUCAACCAGAGAGGACAAAUUCACGAAGUCGGCGAUAGAGCGAAGAAUGUGAGGAGGAAAACUAUGUGCUCCACGGAAAACAACGCGGAGCUGCUGGGAACAUCGUCCGACCCGUCUCUCAUCCUGGAGCUGAAGACCAGGCGUCCCCCGUCCAUGGUGGGCCGGGCGGGAUGUGAGACCUGGAGCGUGGACUUCUCCCCGGACGGAGAGUGGUUCGCCUGGUCCAUGGGACACGGCAUCGUCUGGGUGGUCGCCUGGCCUCUCGACUCCGAAGACAGUCAGAAUGGACAGAUGGACCGAGGAGACAAGAGCUUCAGUUGUGGCCACCCAGUGUGGGGCCUCGCCUUUGGACCCAGACCUUCAAAAUCACCUGCAGGGACUCAGCCAGGUAAAACAUCUUCUGUCAGGAACAACAGCCUGCUUCUGGCCACAGGCUUGGAGAACGGGAUCAUCAAAAUCUGGAAUGUCUUAAAAGGCGAUGCUGUAUUUGAUCUCCAUGGCCACGAAGGAGUUGUGCGGGACCUGGUCUUCCUUCAGAACGGGACGCUCACGCUCAUAUCGUCUUCUCGAGACAAAACCUUGAGGAUCUGGGACCUGGGUCGAAAAGGGAAAAAGGUGCAGGUGCUUACUGGCCACAAAGACUGGAUCAGCUGCUGCUGCGUGUCACCAGACUGCAGCAUGAUUGCAUCUGUCGGCAGAUUUGACAGAAUGGUGUGUCUGUGGAGUCUGCGGUCAUACACUUUCAUCAGAAACCUGACCGGGGGGGCCCGUAAGACCUCGUACCUCCUGUCUUCCUGUGACUUCUCUCCUGACGGGGCUCUGCUCGCCACCGCGGCCUUCAGUGGCUCCAGCUGGUGGAUCGACCUCUGGGACCCGUACACAGCAGAGAAACUGGCCACUCUGGUUGACUACUUUGAUGAUUACAGGCAAAACCAAAUCUCAGCAAUACAAUUCUCUCCCAGUGGUCUGCACUUGGCGAUCGUGACUGACAGCAGAGCUCUUCAGAUCUGGGAGCCAGGAAAGAAAGGGAUGGCGAUGCAGACCAAAGCAGACCGAGACUCUAAUGGACUCUGCUGCAUCUAUCAUCCACAAGGGGGAGUGGUCGCCACAGGAACCAGAGACGGCCACGUGAGGUUCUGGAGGGCGCCCAGGACGGUGCCCAGCCUGUGCCACCUGUGCCGAUCCACCCUACGCCAUUCGGUCUCCACACACCAGAUGGAGCCGCUGCCCCUCCCCAAGAGGAUCCUGGAGUACCUCACCUACAGAAACAUCCCAGAACACCUCAAGACCUGCUGCUCCUCAGAGGAAGAGGAGUGGGAAGGUUAAAUAUGAACA